CGUAUUCUGCUCCGAAGUUUUCCCGCACAGUUCAGCAGCCUAUGAAAAGAAAUAACGCGACUUACGCGCAGUUGAUGCCUUCGAGAAGCCACCCCUAUCCUCAUAUGCCAGUCUGUCUGACUUUAGAACAUAUAUUAUUGCCAGACCGCAGACCAAGAGAGGAGGAGGACUCCGAUGGAAAAUCAUGCAGCACUUUGAACCCAUGGAGACAUGGCACAUAGGUUCCUCUCAUCUACGAACAGAUUCAGCGCCAGAUUUGCCUUCAUAUUCACUGUGUCACUGUCCUGCACCUAUUUAUGCUAUAGUAUUCUUUUUUGUCGCAGCACAAUCAUGACAAAUCAGGGUUACGAGGGGAAAAGAUGCCCGCCGAGCAAGAACGCAGGAGGGAAGAAACUUCUUGGGAAAUUAGACAAUUGCGCUUCGCUGGAAGUCAGGUCUGCUUUGGAUGAGUCUGCUGCCCAGCGAGGAUCAAGUGAUCUCCGCGACCAAAGUAAAGCUCCUGCCUCGUCUGGGAGUCACUGGGCUGACAUGAAGUUGAGAAACAUGAGUGUUGCGCAGAAAUAUGGAAAUAAGAAGCUGCCAAAUGCGUUAAUAGUGGGUGUAAAGAAAGGAGGCACCAGGGCUGUGCUGGAGUUCAUCCGGAUACAUCCAGAUGUGCGCGCUCUCGGAACGGAGCCGCACUUUUUUGACAGAAACUAUGACAGAGGGCUUGACUGGUACAGGGGACUAAUGCCACGAACACUAGACAGCCAGAUCACAUUAGAGAAGACUCCAAGCUACUUUGUCACCAGAGAGGCACCCAGACGCAUCUCCAGCAUGUCCCAUGAGACCAAGCUGAUUGUUGUGGUUCGUAACCCGGUCACAAGAGCAAUCUCUGACUACACACAGACUCUUUCCAAGAAGCCAGACAUCCCUACAUUUGAAGAGUUGGCCUUUAAGAACAAAAGUCUGGGUCUCGUUGACUCUUCGUGGAACGCCAUUCGGAUCGGGAUGUAUAUUCUGCAUCUGGAGAACUGGCUGCAGUACUUUCGCCUGUCGCAGAUGCACUUUGUGAGCGGAGAGCGGUUGAUCACGGAUCCUGCAGGGGAAAUGGGCCGUGUUCAGGACUUUUUAGGACUGAAACGAAUAAUCACAGACAAGCACUUCUACUUUAAUCGAACCAAAGGCUUCCCCUGUCUGAAGAAGCCAGAGAGUAGCAGCCAGCCACGCUGCCUUGGCAAAUCCAAGGGCAGGACUCACGUACAAAUCGAAGAGGAGGUCAUAGAGCAGCUGCAGGAGUUUUAUAGGCCAUUUAAUAUCAAAUUCUAUGAAACUGUGGGGCAAGACUUCAAGUGGGAUUGAGAAUGUCAAACAGAAACCAUGCUGUUUUUAAAAUGGCUACCUCUGAAGACAAACAUAAAUGAGGGUAUCUUCAACAAAAUGUUUAAAUGGCAAGUUUAUUGAGCUAUGUAUAAAUUGACAUAAUUAAUAUAGAAUAAUAAGUAUUAAAAUCAAAUCAUAUAAAUGGUUUCACAUCAUGCUGCAUUUUGGGUUGGUGCAAUUUCCUUUAAAAAUAUAUACAGAAGCCAAUUUUCUUCAUGACAUACAGUACAUGACAUAUGAUUCAUUGACAGGCAACCGACAUUAACUCAUAACCAAGUCAUUAACCAGCAAUCAUCCCACUGCCUUCCUGCCAUUUAGCCACCCUGGACCUAUACUAAUGACAUUGCUUGAAUAUUCAUUACAUAGAUGACUUAUUUAUUCAUAAUAUCCUCUGAAAAUGAAACACUGGCUUCACUGUUAAAAUGAGCUCUCAACAUGAAUUUGCAGCGAAAUGUCAAAAGCAAAGUGAUAGAUUUCCUGAAUAAAUGCACUGUAACUGAGGAGAAAAGAAUAACACCUAUAUUACGACAGAUGCUAACACUGAUAAAGGUUCAGCAUUUGUUGAACUCUUCUUCAGCUCUUUCUGUGUCAGUAUUUUUGUU